CCGAACGUUAUUUUGCAACAUAACCUCAAGAUUUUGACAUUUUGAUUUUAUCCAUGAUUUCCAUUUCAUCAAAUCAUAAUAAGAAGCACAUUCAUAAUAAUAAUUGUCGCCGAUUCUCGGCUUCUGACCUGUUUGGUGAUUAGUUAUUAGUUGUAGCUUGUAGCCUUGUUGUAGCACCCGUAAUGACUAUAACAAAAGAGUAUUUCGUUGACCUCCAAGAAAAAUACAAUAAAGUAAUAAAACUAAUCAAUGAAGACAGCAAAUUAGACCCUGAGAAUGAACCUUAUCUUUCGAAAUAUUCUGCAAGACAAAUUCUUGUCGGCAUGAAAUCCAGUAUAGAACAUUUGAAGAGGAACCAAACCCCAGAGAGUCCUGACUAUUUGAAACUGAAUGCUAUGCUAGGUUCAGUAUAUUUAUAUCUGGGAAUGGUAUCAUUGGACACAGAAGAAAUAACAAAUGGUAAAAAGAACUUUGAGAAAUGUAGAGAAGUGAUAGAAAAUUACUACAUGAAACCAGAAGUGAUCCUGAUAGCAGUUAAUAUGUUCAAUCAGUUUGGUAUAAUGUGCUCACAAAGUGAACCUGAGGAAUCUAAACUCUAUUUGGAGAAAGCAGAUGCAUUAUAUAAUGAAUUCAAGCUGUCAUCAGAAGAACCUAUAGACAUAAAUGACUUAUUUGAAGCAAAUUUAGAAAUUUAUAACACUGAAAUGGCUCAAAAGAAUUUUGAAAAAAUUCAUACUUUCACUUUAUAUUACCUGGCUCAGGUGUAUGGAUUAUUGAAAGAUGCUUUAAAAAGUUCAGUUUAUUGUCACAUAACAUUGCAGAGACAGCUGGAAGUAGAUGAAUAUGAUCCUAUAGAUUGGGCCCUGAAUUCUGCUACUCUGUCUCAAUUUUUUAUGGAAAAAAAUGGAUUUAAACAAGCAAGGCAUCAUCUUGCAGCUAGCUCAUGCAUUCUUGAAAAAUAUGAAAAGAAGCUGAAUGAAACAACUGAAACAACUGAGACUCAAGAAGCCUUGAAAGAAACAUUCAAACAUAGGAGUGCUGAUGUAGCAAGAUGUUGGUCAAAAUAUGGUAUCCUUCUACUCUCAAAAUCAAAGGAAAGACUUCUCAGUCAUACUGAAGACAUUGAAGAAAAGUGUUCAAUAUCAUCUGAUCUAUCUAAACUUGAAUUGACAUCAGAUUCCACUGUAUCUGUGGAUGACUUACAAAAUCUAGAAUUUACAGGAAUUGAUCUAUCAUCUCAUGAAAAUCAAAUAACAGAUCAGUUUGUCCUUACUUUGGAGGAUGCUAGAAAAGUAUUCUUGAACUCCCAAAAGUGGUCAUUGAGUGCUCAAGAAUACUACAGAUUAGAUGUGUUAGCCUCAGAUUAUAUUGAAAUAGUCUUGGAUCAAACACAGCUUUAUUUGAAUCUCUUAUUUUUUGAGGAUAGUCCAGAAAAUCAGUCAAAGUUACACAAAAGACGUGUUGAUCUUCUUGAAAAUGUACUAGCCAAAGUCAAUAGUAAAUAUUAUCUACAGUAUUGUCGUCAAGCUUGGUUCGAAUUAGCACGUACAUAUGCUGACAUACUGGACAUAAAAACUGAUAAAUUGAAAGAAACUAAAAGUCGCCCUUCACCACUUGCAUUAACUAAAAUCAAUAACCUAGUUGAAAAAGGAAUCCUACACUAUUCCAAUUUUAUAAAUUCUUUUAGAGAUAACACUACUUGUUCUUUGCCUGAUAAGGUACCAGCUGACAUUGAAAAACCAUUCUUGCAAGCUUACUUUCAUGUUGCUGCCCUACAUGGGCGCUAUGUAACCUUAGAUAAACAAGUACAACUCAAAAACACAGAAGCAUGUUUGGAAAAUUAUAAAUUUGUUUGUGAUUAUUGUGACAAGCAUCCUAAAGCUAAAGAAUUAGUAUCUAUGGAAUAUGGAAUUUGUGAAGAAAUGACACUUUUAUUGCCUAUCAAGAUUAUGAAGCUUAAAAAUGAAAUCUAAUGAUCAGACUUUGAUAAGACCAACAGAAUUACCUACAUAGAAAUCCCUCCCUGGUUUUAUAUGAUUAACUUAACCAGAGAUUAUACAAUCUGACUUAACUAUACAGCAUAAUAAUUGUAUUACCUCACGCAUAGGCCCCGCCCCUCUACCAUGUUACAAAGAGAUCACUGGGCAGGGCAUCAUUGAGUUGUUUUUCAAGUUAGAAUUUGAAAAUUCGAAACGGUGGUAUAGUUCCUUAAACACCCCGAUACCAAUUUCGAAAAGAUUCUGAUCAUAAUUGAAACACUCGUUCGCCAUACUGGAUCCGCCAUCUUGAAUUUCAAAAUUUUGACGAAAUAAUCAUAAUUUUCCACUCCGAAAACCCCUAGAUAUACCAAUUUCGAAUAGAAUCUAACCAUAAUUACAAAUCUCGUCCGCCAUAUUAGAUCCGCCAUUUUGAAUUUUCUAUUUUUGACUAAUAAAUCAUAAUCUCCUACUCCGAAAACCCCCAGACACCAAUUUUGAAUAGAAUCGGUCCAUAUAAUUAUAGAACUCGUUCGCCAUACUGGAUCCACCAUUUUGAAUUUCCUAAUUUUGACGAAUAAAUCAUAAUCUCCGACCUCGAAAAUUCCCAGAUACCAAUUUCGAAUAAAAUCGGACCAUAAUUAAAGAACUCAUCCGCCAUAUUGGAUUUGCCAUUUUGAAUUUCCUA